AUGGAUGAUACUCAACUCACAGAAAUAUACGACUUCGCCAAACAGCUCGGCAAAGAUGCUGGCCAAUUGCUGCUUGACGCUGCUUGGAGUAGGGUCGACAGUCCAUCCACAAACGGCGACAUUGCAGAGAAAGAAAGUUCAGUGGACAUAGUCACAAAGACGGACCACGCGGUCGAAGAAUUCAUCCGUCAAUCCAUCGCCGCCAAAUACCCUAACCACAGUUUCCUUGGUGAGGAAUCAUACUCAGCCGGUUCCUCAAAACAAUACCUCGUCACAUCCUCACCAACAUGGAUCGUUGAUCCGCUCGACGGCACCGUCAAUUUCACGCACCUGUUCCCCAUGUUCUGUGUGUCCAUCGCUUUCUGCAUCGACGGCCACCCUGUCAUUGGAGUUAUACAUGCUCCAUUUUUGAACCAAUUUUUCUCAUCUUGUCGCGGCCAGGGAGCCUGGCUCAAUGAACAGCGGCGUUUACCAUUGGUGAGAAACCCGAUUCCACCGUUACCCAAGAACGCACCAAGCGGUUGUACCUUUGCGUGUGAAUGGGGCAAGGACAGAAGGGAAGGGCCAGAGGGAAAUUUGGGUAGAAAGGUCAACUCGUUUGCUACAAUGGCAAUGGAAAGAACAGCAAGGGGCGGUAAUGGUGGCAUGGUGCAUGGUGUGAGGAGCUUGGGAAGCGCGACGAUGGAUCUGGCAUACACGGCAAUGGGAUCAUUCGACAUUUGGUGGGAAGGCGGCUGUUGGGAGUGGGACGUUGCCGCUGGCAUUGCCAUCUUGGAGGAAGCGGGUGGCCUUGUUACGACUGCAAAUCCUCCAGAAGAUCCCGCAAACUUUGUUGUGCCGAAAGUGAGGCUGGGUGGUAGAUUAUACCUUGCCAUUCGCCCUGCUGGAGAUUCAGACACCGAAACGGCACAAGAGUCGCAACAUCGUGUGGUACGCCAAGUUUGGCAAAGGGUACAGGCGCUCGACUAUGAACGACCGGAAUAG